AUGUCGAUCAAGGCGAAAAUGUUGAAAGACAAAACCCCUGUCACCCUGCUGCAGGAGAUGUGCCAAAAGGAAUCGGCCGCAAUGCCGAUUUAUGAGUUUCUUGGCGAAAUGUGCUCUCCACUCGGACCCAACGAGAAAACAUUCACGCACCGAGUGACGGCCAUGGCAAAAAACACAACGGGUGUUGGCCGGAGUAAGCAAGAAUCCAAACACGAAGCCGCUUGGCAGCUGAUUUGUUUGCUGCGCGGUUUUACAACCGACGAAGACGAUGACGCCGAUGCUGGUGGCAAUCUGGAAACCGGAGGAGAUAAAGUGAUGCUGGUCCGCGACAUUUGUGUCCAGCGGUACUUUCCUCUGCCGGAGUUCACUUUGGUUCGAAACGUCGGUCCAUCGCACGCACCACUGUUUGAAUACGAGUGUCGCAUCCGGGACAUUGUGCGCCGCGGGACACACUCGACAAAGAAGGGCGCCAAGCAGGCGGCUUGCAGUGAGAUGAUAAAAACUUUGCAAGCGCUCCCUGUAGAAGAAACCAGUCUACAGCUACAGACCAUCGACCUGGCCUUGAAGGAGGUAUUGAACGAGGAUGAACAGGUGGUACGCACAUACCGCGAGUACAGCCAAUCGGCCAAUAAGAAGAAGCUUGGUGUAACGAUCGCCGAUCGGCACGAUUUCUUCAUGAACCUGCCGGAAGCGGAAGCUCGCAUCGGUGAAGCCCUCGCGGUAAUGGCCGAUGAGAGAGAAACAAAUUGCGAAAAGGUUCACCGUAUUCCGCAGGUUCUCGGCCUGAAGUACGCCAUUCAAGUGCACGAUCGGAACAUUGGGUUGAGCAGCGGUGGGUUUAUGAACACCUUUGAGCUCAUAAACCCCGAAUAUGACUGUCUAAUUAUGGGCGUCGGUGAUGAUCUCUACACAAAUGUAUUGAGAUAUUUUUCAACAAUGUUGAAAUUUACGCAGGUACGUUAGACGGCGUGUGAAUAAAGAUCU